CUGCCUUUCUUUUUUUAAUUUUCAAAGGUUUAUUUAUUUUGAUAAACAUAUCUAGUCAGCAAUCAUGGCGUCGGUUUUUCCCUUUAGCGGUUGUUAACGCAGUUGAUUGUGUGAGCCGUUUAAAUUUGUUUUAUUUAAGUGUUUCGUGUUGUUCUGUUUUCAAUUUUCAUUAUGGUUAUUCCAGUAUCCAAGCCGAAAGUUUCUUCAUCAGAGAAAAAGUAUCGUCAAGAAUUAUUUCCAGAUGUAAGGGAAAUUAAAAAUAAAAAUUUAUUAUGUACGUCUUGCGGCAGCUCAGUGAAAGAUUUGAUUACCAAGGGUAAACCUAUUGUACAUCCCUUUUUAGAGACACUUCUUUGUGAGAAAUGUCUUUCAUUCUAUGGAGAUGGGCAGUUUUCUGUUGAUGAGGAUGGGAGUGACAAGUACUGCAGAUGGUGCGGCCAAGGUGGAACUCUUUUCCUCUGCUCGAAGUGUACCUCAGGAUUCUGCAAGAGGUGUGUGAAGAGAAACCUUCCGAAAAGUGCCCAAGCAAAGAUUGAAGAUGAUGACUGGGUAUGUUACUGUUGCGAUACUGGUCCUCUCUAUGAGCUGCGAGCUCAGUGCUGGGCUGCUCAGCAAUAUGCAGCUGAACAUGUUAAGAAUAAAGGAAGUUCCAAGGUGAAGAAAGGUUCUAAGGAGAGUUCUAAAAGAUCUCGCAAUUCAGAUAGCAGUGAAACAGAAGAACCUGUUCCUAGCAAAAAGAAGCGAAAAGAAGAAUUGAAAGGGAAAAAUGAUAAAAAGCGAAGAAAUGGUGACGAAAAGGAAGAUAGUGGAGGGCGAUCGCUGAGGAAGAGAGAGAGUAAAAGUUUAAAAAAUGAUUCAGGUAGUGAAUCUGAUGAUCAGACUGAAAAUUCUAAAAAAACUCUCCCUUCUGGCGUCAGCGUGGAUAGGAUUCAUGCAGCAUUAAACAAGUUGACAAGCUUUGUUGCGGAUAUUGCUGGCAUGACUAAGGAGACCCACAAGAAGCUUCUUGAGUGUAAAAAUAAAAAGAUUAAUUUGAAAAACAUAAAUUCUUCGGAAUCUGUUGUAGAUAUACAUAGUAAGUUGAGCGCUAUGUUGGUAACGCUGGAAUCUAAUGUGCGAAUAGUAAGAAAGGGGCUCGAAGAAUAUGUUGAAGAAUGGUGUAAAAUGGUAGAAGAGGAUCGAAAAAUCAAAGGAGAGAAUGAAGGGGCAGAGGCUAAAAUUAAGGUAGAUGAUUCUGAGAGGUUAGAGAAUGGGAUUCCCAGUGAUAACAACCAAACUAAGGAGGCAUCUGCAGAACCAGAACCGGAAGAUAUGGAAGUAAGCGAUAAGAGUGGAGAAGAGAAGCAUCCUCAAUCAGAUAAAGAAAGUAAUGAUGGUGAUUCUGUAGCAGAAGAAAAGAAAUCCCCAAAGAAACAAAAUGAUGGCAAAGCUAAUGGAGAGGAGAAAGAAGAAACAAUUUCUGACCAACAAGCUGAAGAGAGAAUACCUCAGGUGGCUGAGAAAAAACAAGAAGAGCCCAUUGAGGGAGGUCAUGGCGAUUCAGUGAUAAAAGAGGGAAAAGUAUCAUCUGAGGGGGGUGAGCAGGCUUCGAGUAGUGCGGAGACAACUCUAUCAUCGAAUGAUAGUGACCCGCCAGGGAAAGCAAGCUGAACACCUAAAAGGAGUCUUUGGAGGAUGGGAGGUCCAUUACAAGAGCCCAAUGGUCUUUGCCCUUCCUGUCAAUCUCUUUGCUUCUGUCGGAGUCAAAGUCUUAGCCUUACUGUCAGCUUUGUUUAAUAGCAAUGAUUAUAUAAAUUUUUAUUUUAUUAGUUAAUUUCUUUCUUAUGUUUUAUAAAUAAAAAAAAAACUAAAACAAAGGAAAAAAAAGACAUUGUUAAAAAAAAAAAAAAGAAAUGCCUACUUGUGAAAACUUGAAAGAGUUAAAGAGCAUUAUCCGUUAUGGAUUGAAUUCUUGCACAGGUCAGCAUUAACAGAACUAUUAUUUAAAUGUUAUUCAUCACUAAAUUGUUGUGUUUUUUCAUGAUAGUACAUGUCAUGGGUUCUGGAGGUUAAGGCCAGUUGAGCUCCUUUUCUGGUAAUGUUGAUUAGAACAAACAGAUAAUAAUUUAACAAUUAGCACUAUUUCUGUUUUAUUUAGGGGACAAAGUCUUGAAUAGUUUUUUUUUUUUUGGAUCCACCAAAACCUCAUAUGUUUUUAGUCUAAAAUUAAUUUUAACAUGUAAUGAUGGCCAUUAGAAUUCUUAAAGUAUAAUAUUUUGUGUAUAAUAUGUUAUUGAUUUUAUAUGUGCAAUUAUCCUAUUAUGUGUAAUUAAAGAUAUAUUUUUGUAUAUUGAAGUCGUCGUAUUACCAAAAUUGCUUUAUACCAAAGCAUCAUUGUCUUAUUAUUUUUUUUUUUUUUUAAUAAAUAUUCAUUUUGAGGAGUGCAUUUAUUAUUAUUAAUACAUAAAUAUAUUACAUAACUUCAUCCUUGUAAUUACAUUAUGUAGAAAGGUUUUGAUGGAUCUAUACUAUUAAUUAAUAUAUUUCAUAUUUACUGACCAGAUUAAAAGAAGAUAAUUUAUUAAAAAAUUAUUUUUGACAUAUAAAAAAUUUGUAAAUACUAGCCCUGUUAUAAACAGGAGCAAAUAUUAUGUUGGACAUACCAAUAUCAUUUAGUAUUACUCUUUGGGUCAGUGCUAAUGAACUUUGCAGCCUAGCUGUCCUCGAAAGUUAUGUCUUAAGUUAAUACACCUCAACAGCCUUUACAACUGCUGGGGCACUUUCGGGAGGUUGUAAUAAUAUUCAAACAUUAAAAGUCAUGUACAAAAUUUGAACAUUUAUUAGAUUAUUAAAGAAAACAGAUAAAGCUAUAAUUUUUAUUUUUAUUUAUGAAAAAGAUGUAUAUCCAUUUCUGAAGUUAAAUGAUAUUCAAGGGAAACUUAAAAUAAUUGUUUUGUUUUUAUUUUGUAUUUAUUUAUAAUAAAAAAAAAAAAUUGAAAAUAUUAAAAUCUUAUUAGAAUUCAUAAAAUUCAAUUAUUGAUGUUUCUCUUAAGUUAAAACGUUUGACUGUAGUAUCUCAUUGGGAGUUGUGAAUAUUGUUUGUGUAAUAUACAAUAUAAAAUUUUUAUAUAUUAAUUGGGUUGGUCUAACCCACCAUUUCUGCAAUUGUAGCUGCCAUUUUAAGAAAUUAAAUCAUCUUUAUUUUAUUCUCA